GUUGUACCAGGAGCUGGGAGCUAGCACCUUUGUUGGGAUCAGUGUCACUAUCAUCAUGUUACCUUUUAACUCUGUUCUUAUGGGCAAGAUGCACGGCUUUCAGCGAACUAUAAUGAAGAUAACUGAUCAGCGGGUGAAGAAGACAAAUGAAGUUUUAGAUGGGAUAAAAGUUAUUAAACUGUACGGUUGGGAGGAUUCCUUCCUCAAGGAGGUGGACGGUAUAAGGUCUCAAGAGUUGGGGGCAAUGAAGAGUCGCAUAAAGUUUGGUAUUAUCAUAACCUUUAUGUGGACCUGUUCACCUAUACUUGUGUCUCUCCUAUCCUUCCUGUGUUACAGUCUGCUAGGUAACAAUCUGACAUCAGAGAAGGCUUUUGUUUCUCUCACGCUCUUCAACAUUCUCCGCUUUCCUCUAGUUAUGUUGCCUAACAUGAUCACACAACUAAUACAGGCAAGAGUAAGUAUAGUUCGUAUCAAGACAUUCCUGAACCUGACGGAGCUGGAGGAGGAUGCUGUUAUAAGUGGGGAGGCGGACUCUCCUACUGCUGCACAGAUCAAAGGGGGCAAGUUCUCCUGGGACAUGAAGGAUGAAGUCAACACUGUCACCUUGGAUAAUAUAAACGUUACAAUCCCGCGGGGGAAACUAGUAGCUAUAGUGGGAGCUGUAGGAUCCGGCAAAUCUUCCCUGGUUUCAGCCAUGUUGGGAGAAAUGGACAAAAUGGAGGGUGAAGUCUACUUGAAUGGUUCAGUAAGCUACGUACCCCAAGUAUCCUGGGUUCUAAACGACUCCCUAAAAAACAACAUCCUAUUUGGGGCUCCUUGGAACAAGUGUUAUUACAAGGAAGUAAUAACGAGCUGUGCCCUGGAGACUGACCUUCAGAUACUUCCUAAUGGAGACAAUACUGAGAUUGGAGAGAAGGGCAUUAACCUGAGCGGUGGACAGAAGCAGCGCGUCUCACUUGCACGUGCAAUAUACAACAAGAAUGAUAUCUACAUAUUCGACGAUCCUUUAUCUGCUGUUGACGCGCACGUGGGAAAACAUCUCUUUGAAAAAGUUAUCGGACCUAACGGAAUGAUAAAUAAUAAGACGAGGAUUUUAGUAACGCACAAGUUAUCAGUCCUGCCGGAAGUAGAUCACGUGGUAUUGCUGAAGGAUGGGCAGGUUCUAGAACAAGGAACAUAUAACGAUCUCAUGGGUAAAGACAGCGAGCUACACAGGCUAGUGUCCUCCUACGAACCCGACCAGGACACCAACACAGACAAGGAAGACACGUCAGACUCAGAGUUAGGAGAUAUGUCACGUGACGAGAAUACAGUGAGACGCAGGAAGAGCACUGCACGUUCUAGAAAAGAAAGUGAAACGUGCUCCAUAAAAGGGAAUAAUACGGGCGGGAAGGAUGAGAAGCUUAUAACUGAGGAAACAGUAGAGAAAGGAAAAAUAUCGUACAAAACGUACGUGAACUACUUGAACUACAUGGGAAUUACUUACGGGGCCAUUACACUGGUCUCCUUCAUUCUACAGUACGCAUCUCAACUUGGCUCUCAACUGUGGUUAUCCGAGUGGAGUAACUCUAACGAUAACACUGACACAGAUAAUAAAUUGUUCCUGUACUUGGGUAUAUACGCUCUUCUGGGUUUACUACAAACUGUUUUCGUGCUGGGCUUUGUUUUUGCAAUACUCUACGCUAGUAUCAUGGCUUCCUCUAAGAUACACAGAUCUAUGUUCGAGAGAAUACUGAAAGUACCUAUGAGCUUCUUUGACACCACACCUUCUGGCAGAAUACUUAAUCGCUUCUCUAAGGAAAUUUCCUUGAUUCUUUACCCAGUGCUAAAAAUACCGCUGAAGCUACAAACAGAAAUAGCAAUCCAGAUGCAAAGAAGAUAA